AUGGAAGACUUAAUUUCAGGCUUAAAGCUGGACACUAUGGAGCUUGGGCAGCUGGUAAUCUACGAGACAACAGUUGGUUUCAGAGUACCUAAGGUACGGAGCUGUGAACUUCGAAGUAGUAGUAGAGGCAGCUGCAGCGGCCGUAUCAUUAGCAGUGUCAGCAACAUUAGCGGUAGCGGCAGUGAUCGUGGUAGUGGUAGUGUUCGUAGUACACGUCGUGGUAGCGGUAGAGGUAGUGGAAGUGGUGAUGGUAGUGGUAACAGUAGUGGUUGUGACUAUGGUUGUAGUAGGGAUUUUGAUACACUAAUUGUAGUUGUAGUUGUAUUUGUUGUGGCUGCGGUUGUAUUAGUGGCAGUGGCAGUGCACUGGCAGUGGCAGUGCACUGGCAGUGGCAGUGCNCAGCUUGAGAAUGAUUACAGUGGGGAUGAGACCCACGUACGGAGCUGUGAACGUCGAAGUAGUAGUAGAGGCAGCUGCAGCGGCCGUAUCAUUAGCAGUGUCAGCAACAUUAGCGGUAGCGGCAGUGAUUGCGGUAGUGGUAGUGCUCGUCGUACACGUCGUGGUAGCGGUAGAGGUAGUGGAAGUGGUGAUGGUAGUGGUAGCAGUAGUGGUCGUGACUGUGGUUGUAGUAGGGAUUUUGAUACACUAAUUGUAGUUGUAGUUGCAUUUGUUGUGGUUGCGGUUGUGUUAGUGGCAGUGGCAGUGGUAGUGGUACUCACUCUGGUAGAGGUAGUGGCGGUGGUAGUGGUAAAGGUAGUAGCAGUGGUGAUGGUUAAUGUUGAGAAAUAG